CCACACUUGUCUGAAAUCACUCGUGCUUUGUCUCCUGAGUUCAAGGGUUACGGUCAUGGCACCCAAAAAGGCAAAGAAGCGGGCAGAAGGAGCCAAUUCAAAUGUCUUCUCCAUGUUUGAACAAACUCAGAUCCAAGAGUUCAAAGAGGCGUUCACAAUCAUGGACCAGAACAGAGACGGCUUUAUCGACAAGAAUGACCUGAGGGAUACGUUCGCCGCUUUAGGCCGCCUGAACGUCAAACAAGAGGAGCUCGAUGAGAUGCUAAAGGAGGCUCCAGGACCCAUUAACUUCACUGUCUUCCUCACCAUGUUUGGGGAGAAGCUUAAAGGUGCCGAUGCAGAGGAGACCAUUCUGAAUGCCUUUAAAGUGUUCGACCCAGAGGGAAAGGGGACCUUGAGGAAGGAUUUGUGA